CAGAAAGUCCCAUUAUUUUAGUGAGUGGCCUCUCAAAAAAAUCUCAGACAGCCAAGUUCUUCUUUAAAGCAGCAAGAUCAACCGCCAGAAAAAGCAGAAACGCUGUCGUUUAGCCGACACUAAGUUUACUUAUAUAUCUUCCUCUCAUCACUUUCCCUUUUCAAAAAGUAUUGAACUUCAUCAUCUGUGAGUGAAAAGUUGUUAGAGAGAGAAAUGUAUGCAGUGAAACAGCCCACCACUGCUUCUCUCAGGUCAAACGUCGCCGUUGACCGGCGGGUUACCGGGUCCGGGAGGUACACCAAAGUCCGAAAGGCCAUUGUACUCGGUUCCGGGUCAAGGGUCAAUGGGCAUGGAUCAGUCAGAGCCGUGAUCAGUGGUGGAGACAAAGCUGUGGAGGCUUCAACCCCAAUGCAGAGCAAAGACGUUACUGGGUCUUUGGUUCCUUCUUCUUCUGGAGGGAUCCAAGUGAAGGCAGUGGUGACCAUCAGGAAGAAGAUGAAGGAGAAGAUCACAGAGAAGAUUGAGGAUCAGUGGGAGUUCUUUGUUAAUGGGAUUGGACAGGGGAUUAUGAUUCAGCUCAUCAGUGAUCAAGUUGAUCCUGUUACCAAUUCAGGAAAGAGUGUCCAAUCUGCUGUGAGAGGGUGGCUGCCGAGGCCAUUGCCUUCGGACUAUGCACACAUUGUUGAAUAUGCUGCCGACUUCACAGUCCCAUCUGACUUUGGGUCUCCUGGAGCAAUUCUCAUUACCAAUCUUCAGGGAAAAGAGUUCUACUUGUUGGAGAUUGUCAUUCAUGGUUUUGAUGGAGGCCCCGUUUUCUUCCCUGCAAACACUUGGAUCCAUUCGCGCAAGGACAAUCCUGAAAGUAGAAUUAUCUUCAAAAAUCAAGCAUAUCUGCCUUCACAAACGCCAGCAGGCCUUAAAGAUCUUCGGCGUGAAGACUUACUCAGCAUCCGGGGUAAUGGGAAAGGCAGGAGGAAGGAACAUGAUAGAAUUUAUGACUAUGAUGUUUACAAUGAAUUGGGAAAUCCUGAUAAGGAUCAAGAACUAGCUAGACCAGUCAUUGGUGGAGAGGAGAGGCCUUAUCCUAGGCGCUGUAGAACUGGCAGGCCUCCAACAAAGUCAGAUCCUCUUUCGGAGAGUAGAAUUGAAAAGCCCCAUCCAGUUUACGUGCCUCGGGAUGAAACUUUUGAGGAAAUUAAGCAAAACACUUUCUCAGCCGGAAGGUUGAAAGCUUUGCUUCACAAUCUUCUACCAUCUCUGGCUGUUACAUUGUCAAGUUCAGACAUCCCUUUCAAGGCCUUCUCUGAUAUAGAUGACCUAUAUAAUGAUGGUGUCCUCAUAAAAGAAGAGGAGCAAAAAGAAGGCAAGAAACUGUUUCUGGGCAGCAUGGUGAAAGAGGUUCUCACAGUUGGAGAGAGGUGGUUGAAAUACGAAAUCCCGGCUGUUAUAAAAGGGGAUAGAUUUGCUUGGUUGCGGGACAAUGAGUUUGCACGCCAAACUUUAGCUGGGGUCAAUCCAGUGAACAUUGAAAUUUUGAAGGAAUUUCCAAUUAUCAGCAAGCUAGAUCCUGCCGUUUACGGUCCUCCAGAGUCUGCUAUCACAAAGGAAUUGAUAGAGCAGGAACUCAAUGGGAUAAGUGUAGAAAAGGCUAUUGAGGAUAAGAGACUGUUUAUACUUGAUUACCAUGACAUAUUUAUGCCGUUUAUCGAGAAGAUGAACUCGUUGCCGGGGAGAAAAGCUUAUGCGUCUAGGACAGUUUUCUUCUUUACCCCUACUGGUAUUAUGAGGCCUAUAGCUAUUGAGCUUUCACUUCCACCAACAAGUUCAUCCCCCCAUAGUAAGCAUGUUUACACACAUGGGCAUCAUGCUACUACGCAUUGGAUUUGGAAGCUGGCCAAAGCUCAUGUUUGCUCAAAUGAUGCCGGCAUCCAUCAACUAGUUAAUCACUGGUUGAGGACUCAUGCUUGCAUGGAGCCUUAUAUAAUUGCGACUCAUAGACAGCUUAGCUCAAUGCACCCCAUUUACAAGCUUCUUCACCCUCACAUGCGCUACACUUUAGAGAUCAAUGCACUUGCACGGCAAAGUUUAAUAAAUGGAGGGGGAAUAAUUGAAGCUUCUUUUAGUCCUGGAAAGUAUGCCAUGGAGGUAAGCUCUGCAGCAUACAAGAAUAUGUGGAGGUUUGACAUGGAGGCAUUACCAGCCGAUCUUAUUCGAAGAGGCAUGGCUGUGGAAGAUCCUUCAACUCCUAGUGGCAUGAGACUUGUAAUUGAGGACUAUCCAUAUGCUGCAGAUGGCCUCCUCAUAUGGUCUGCCAUAAAAGAAUGGGUAGAAUCCUAUGUGGAACACUACUACUCUGAGCCAAAUUCUGUCACGUCCGAUGUUGAGCUCCAAGACUGGUGGAGUGAGAUCAAGAAUAAGGGUCACUACGACAAGCGGAACGAGCCAUGGUGGCCUAAACUUAAAACCAAAGAGGACUUAUCCAGUAUACUUACAACAAUGAUUUGGGUUGCUUCAGGGCAACAUGCAGCCAUCAACUUUGGCCAGUACCCGUUUGGUGGUUAUGUGCCAAACCGUCCUACCCUUAUGAGAAAACUCAUUCCACAAGAAGACGACCCUGAUUAUGAGAAUUUUAUUUCUAACCCACAGAGAACUUUCCUGUCUUCCUUGGCAACUAAACUUCAAGCCACCAAGGUAAUGGCUGUACAAGAUACUCUCUCAACUCACUCCCCAGAUGAAGAGUACUUGGGUCAGGUGAACCCUCUGCACUCCCAUUGGAUCAGUGAUCAGGAAAUUUUGAAAUCGUUCAAUAGGUUCUCUGAUAGGCUAAAGGAGAUAGAGAAGAUCAUUGAGAAAAAGAACAGAGAUAGCCAUCUUAAAAAUAGGAGUGGGGCAGGCAUUCCGCCAUACGAGUUGCUGCUUCCCUCAUCAGGCCCUGGGGUAACUGGCCGCGGAAUCCCCAACAGUAUUUCUAUUUGAUGGCUGUAGCUGGUUCAAUGCUUUGGUCGGUAUUAGCAUCUUGUAAACAUUCAAAAUAUUGUGCAGUCUUAGGGUUUUUUUUGGUCGGAGUGCAGUCGUAGUUUGUUUAUCAAACAAGUAGUAAAAGAUCUGUGAUCAAUGAUAAAGCUGCAGUCUUUAUUAUAGAGAGAGCAUCCUGCCUUGUCUUAGUGUUUACAAAUGAAACGGGUUAAUGGGUCUGAUGCGGGUUGACAUGACCCGUUUAAUAAACGGGUUAGACAGGUAUUAUAGCGGGUUGAUUCGAAAUUCAGUCGUUUAAUACACGGGUUUUAACGAGUUGAUCCGAAA